UGUUAUCGUCUGGCGCACGCACUUCAUAAUAAAACUGUUGGAGGUUAGAGACGUUUCUGUCAAGGAUUCGCGUCUAAACAUUUAUCUGUCAACGAUCUGAACAUUGUGAAGUAAUUAAUGGGUUGACAAUGGGUCUGUUAACGGUGCUGAAAAAAUUGAAGCAGAAGGAAAAGGAGAUGCGAAUUUUAAUGCUGGGCCUGGACAAUGCAGGCAAGACGACGGUGCUGAAGCGACUCAAUGGCGAACCGAUAGACACUAUCUCGCCCACGCUUGGCUUUAACAUCAAGACGCUGGAACAUCGCGGGUACAAGCUCAACGUGUGGGAUGUGGGCGGACAGAAGUCGCUGCGUUCCUACUGGAGAAAUUAUUUCGAGUCGACGGACGGGCUGGUCUGGGUGAUAGACAGCGCCGACAGAAGGAGACUGGACGAUUGUAAAACGGAGCUGUACAAGCUCCUGCAGGAGGAGAGGCUGGAGGGCGCGAGUCUCCUCGUGUUUGCGAACAAGCAGGACAUGCCUGGCGCACUGUCCGCAGCCGACAUAGCAGACAUUCUGGAGCUGCCCAACAUAAAGACUCACCACUGGCAAAUUUACAAGUGCUCCGCGGUGACGGGCGAAAAUCUGGUCGACGGUAUCAAUUGGAUUGUGGACGAUAUCGCAGCGAGAAUAUUUUACAUAGAUUAGAUCAGAUUCACAGAUGCGUCGAUCGCUCUUCACCGCGUUGAACGCAAAAAUCAGCACUCGACAAAUUUGCGCAAGAUGAUAUUUACGUUGCGAUCCUUGUGAAAAUAUGUAACAUAGUCACGCAUUUUCUUAAGAUCUUUCGAUAAUUUAUUACGUAAUAUACAUUUUUUUUCAAAUGUCCUUAGGUUUAUUUUUUAUGCUCUUCAAUAAUAGCUUUUAUGC